CGUCUCUCUUUUUAAUUUUUCUUUUUUUCUUUCUUUUCCCCUCUCUCUCUCUCACUCUCCCUGUUUUCUCUGCUGUUUCCUUCCAUGGCUGUUUGAGGGAGAAAAAGUGACAUUUUUAUCUACUCUUGCGUGUAUUGAGAGAGCUGGAGAUAGAUUUUGCGCCUAAAAUUUAGGGUUCUCCUCUUAGUUUUUGUUUAAGCAGUGAAGAAGAGGAAGAGAAAGAGGCGAGGCAGGGGAAGGAAAGGGAACACACAAGCAGACACAGAGACGAAGAGCGAGAGAGAGAGGGAGGGAGGGGAAACAAUGCCGGCGUUGAGGUAUUUAGAUUGGUUUCUCUUCUCUCUCAGCAGAGCUUUUUGUAGUCCUCUCGCUAUUUUCAUUCAGAUCCAGCUGCUUCAUUUGUUAUGGCAUUGGAAGUGAACUAGGUGGGGAAGGGUGGUUGCUAGCAGAAAGUGGGGAAUGAUUGAUUAUAUGCUACUGGAUGGAACUAGGCAAGGAAUGGUCAAAUGAUGUUUUUGAAGCAUUUGAUGAACUUAUAUUGCACUAAAGGGAUGUGUGAUCUGCCUAGCACUUGCCAUUGGGUGGGCUUUUGCUGCUUUUGUCAGAAAUAGAGAGAUCAAGCGGAUGAAGAAUAGUAUGAGAGCUGGCAAUAGCUUUGCAUUUCUUUUUCAUGAUAUUACUGAACUGGAGCACUCAAAUCAGGUCAAUCUGCCUCGAGUUACUGUUGUUAUGCCUUUAAAGGGGUUUGGAGAACACAACUUACAUAAUUGGAGAAGUCAGAUAACAUCUCUCUAUGGUGGUCCUCUAGAAUUCCUUUUUGUGGUGGAAAGUACAGAAGACCCAGCAUACCAUGCUAUAUCUCGCUUAGUAACUGAAUUUAAGGAUGAUGUUGAUGCUAGAGUUAUUGUAGCUGGUUUGUCAACAACUUGUAGUCAGAAAAUCCACAACCAGUUGUUUGGUGUAGAGAAAAUGCAUAAAGACAGCAAGUAUGUAUUAUUUUUGGAUGAUGAUGUUAGACUGCACCCUGGUUCAAUUGGAGCCCUGACUGCUGAAAUGGAAAAAACCCCUGAGAUAUUUAUUCAAACUGGGUACCCUCUUGAUCUGCCUUCGGGGAGUUUAGGAAGCUAUUGCAUCUAUGAAUAUCACAUGCCUUGUUCAAUGGGCUUUGCCACUGGUGGGAAAACAUUCUUUCUUUGGGGCGGGUGCAUGAUGAUGCAUGCUGAUGAUUUUAGAUAUGACCGCUAUGGUGUGGUAUCAGGACUACGAGAUGGUGGAUACUCGGAUGAUAUGACUUUUGCAGCUAUAGCUGGGGCUCAUAAGAGGCUUAUUACAUCACCUCCAGUUGCUGUUUUUCCUCACCCACUUGCUAGUGAUCUUAGUUUUUCGAGGUACUGGAAUUACUUGAGGAAGCAAACAUUUGUCUUGGAAUCAUAUACAACAAAGGUUAAUUGGAUAAUGAACCGUGCAUUAUUUUCUUCCCACUGCUACUUGUCAUGGGGGUUUGUGGCGCCAUACCUUAUGGCUAUGACUCAUGUUGCAGCUGCACUCCGAAUCUAUAUCCGAGGAUAUGCACACGAGGAAACAAUCUUUGUUUCCAACGGGUUGUUACUGGUCACCGGCCUAGCUGUGUGCACUUUUAUAGAACUUUUCUCAAUGUGGAAUUUGACGAGAAUAGAAGUUCAACUAUGCAACAUGCUAUCCCCUGAGGCACCUCAACUCUCUCUUGCUACUUAUAACUGGGUCCUUGUAUUCAUUGCAAUGCUGGUGGAUAACUUCCUAUACCCCAUAUCUGCAUUCCGUUCACACUUUUCUCAGUCUAUAAAUUGGUCUGGUAUUCGGUACCACUUGAAGAAUGGGAAAAUAUACAAGAUCGAAAGAAGCAAGGGUAAAGGCCCAAUUUACACGGACUUGGGAGGAAAACAUUUAUACGGGAAGAAAGGAGCUCCUCCAAAAACCUCUUUCCUUGGCUCUUUGGUAAAGAGUUUGGCACAGUGGCGACAGCCUAAGAAGUUUGAUGGCUAGAAACUGGCCCUAAAGGCUGAAAUCUCGGGACUUUUCCGGCUUUUGAAGGACCCAAUGGACCGUUAGGGUUUUGGGAGCAGAAUUCUUGGUGUAUUGUGGUACUCUCGAAUAGGUUGGCCAGCACAUUAUUGAUUUGAUUUUAGAGAUUUAGGAAUUUUUAGCCUCAUUUUUUAAAUAGAUCUCCAUUCAAUCAAUCUUUAUUCUUCAAUUUAGGCCAUCUUGUUGCCUUGGGCUGAUUUUGUAAUUUGUGGUGACAUUUGUUGUGUAAGCUAUGUAAUUUAUACAGUUUAAUAGCAAAUGUGAGUCUGCAGUAUUUCAAA